AAAAUCACUGGGAAAAUGUCUGCCGCACCAUUUUUCCAGUGAUUUGCUCAUGCGCUCUAGGCUCUGGGACAGCACUGCCGGCUAGAGAGGAGUGGACCCAGACAGAGGUUGCACACAGGCCUCCUACUCUCUAGAAAUGCCCUUGAUCCCACCAUAUACAGUAUGAGGUCACAUUUCUCAAAGGAUCUAAGGAGGACUCUCACUUCUGCAGUUUCGUAGAUAACCUUACAGAAUAUGCAACACGGACCAUAUUGGCAGCCCCUGUAAUGAACGGCAAAGAUGUUGUGGCUGUCAUAAUGGCUGUCAACAAAAAUGAUGGUACCUGCUUCACCGGGAAAGAUGAAGAGGUGUUCCUUAAGUACCUCAAUUUUGCCAAUCUGAUUCUCAAAGUGUAUCACCUAUCCUACCUGCACAACUGUGAGACGAGAAGAGGCCAGAUACUGUUGUGGUCGGCCAACAAGGUUUUUGAAGAGCUCACAGACAUUGAGAGACAGUUUCACAAAGCACUUUAUACAGUUCGCGCCUUCCUUAACUGUGACAGAUACUCUGUGGGGCUUCUUGACAUGACAAAGACAAAGGAAUUCUUUGACCAAUGGCCAAUUCUAAUGGGUGAAGUUCCCCCAUAUUCUGGACCAAGGACUCCAGAUGGCAGGGAAAUAUCUUUUUACAAAGUGGUCGACUACAUUUUACAUGGAAAGGAGGAGAUUAAAGUUAUUCCGAACCCACCAGCAGAUCAUUGGGCCUUGGCUAGUAAACUACCCACAUAUGUUGCAGAAAACGGUCUCAUUUGCAAUAUUAUGAAUACAGCAGCUGACGAUUACUUCCAGUUCCAGAAAGGCCCACUGGACGAUUCUGGAUGGAUGAUAAAAAAUGUCCUUUCAAUGCCAAUUGUCAACAAAAAGGAAGAGAUUGUGGGGGUGGCCACGUUUUACAACAGGAAGGAUGGAAAGCCUUUCGAUGAAAUGGAUGAAGUAUUAAUGGAAUCUUUGACGCAGUUCCUUGGCUGGUCCGUUCUAAAUACUGACACUUAUGACAAGAUGAACAAACUUGAGAACAGGAAAGAUAUUUAUCAAGACAUGGUUAAUUAUCACGUGAAAUGCUCCAAUGACGAGUUACAGAUAAUCCUGAAAACCAAAGAAGUGUUUGACCGGCUACCGGAGGACUGUGAAGAGGAGGAAUUAUAUGAAAUACUGCAAGAAGAGCUGCCGGAUCCAGAGAAAGCUGAGAUCUAUGAAUUCCACUUCAGCGACCUGCCACAAACAGAGCUCUUCUUGGUGAAAUGUGCGAUUCAGAUGUACUACGAGUUAGAAGUAAUUGACAAGUUUCAUAUACCUCAAGAGGUGUUAGUGCGUUUUAUAUUCUCCGUAAGCAAAGGAUACAGGAGAAUUACCUAUCACAAUUGGCGGCACGGCUUCAAUGUUGGCCAAACAAUGUUCACCCUCCUCAUGACAGGGAAAUUAAAGCGUUAUUUUACAGACCUGGAAGCCAUGGCAAUGGUCACUGCUGCAUUCUGCCAUGAUAUUGACCACCGGGGCACUAAUAACCUUUACCAAAUGAAAUCAGGACAUCCACUAGCAAAACUCCAUGGGUCAUCUAUCCUAGAAAGGCAUCACUUGGAAUUCAGCAAAACUUUACUCAAAGAUGAGUCAAUAAACAUCUACCAGAACCUUAACAGGAGACAGUAUGAUCACGCCAUUCAAAUGAUGGAUAUAGCAAUCAUUGCAACAGAUUUAGCUUUGUACUUCAAGAAGAGGUCUAUGUUCCAGAAGAUAGUUGACCAGUCUAAAACAUAUGAAAGUGAAAAGGCAUGGACGGAUUAUAUGGUUCUGGAACAGACCCGCAAAGAAAUAAUCAUGGCAAUGAUGAUGACAGCUUGUGAUCUUUCAGCCAUUGCAAAACCCUGGGAGAUCCAAAGCAAGGUUGCGUUACUGGUUGCAGCUGAGUUCUGGGAACAAGGUGACCUGGAAAGGACUGUUCUGCAACAAAAUCCUAUUCCAAUGAUGGACAGGAAUAAAGCGGAAGAGCUGCCAAAGCUACAGUGUGGUUUCAUUGAUUUUGUGUGCACAUUUGUAUAUAAGGAAUUUUCACGAUUUCAUCCAGAAAUACAACCAAUGUACGAUAAUAUUCUCAAUAACAAAAAGGAAUGGAAAGCUCUGGCUGAUGAGUAUGAUGCAAAAAUGAAAGCUUUGGAAGAAGAAAAGCAAAAGAGAGAAGGCAUACAGCCUGCAAAGCCAGCAGCAGCAGUGACGGGAAAGGAAAAUGGCGGAAACGUUCCAGUAGCUGACCAGGCACCACAGUCUAAAAGCUGUUCUAUCUUAUGAGUCUGUAAAUAUUUUUUUUUCUUUUGUUGGGCAGGUUAUGGAUACAGUUCUAAUAUACUAAGUUAGGUAAUUAUAGUAUACUGUGAACAAUUACAUCAAAAUAACUUUUAAAUGUGUGUAAAAAAAUAUACAAUUAUCAUCCAUUUAUGUGAACGUUUGUUUUAUAGUUAGCAUAACCUACAUAAGUCUCAAACACUUACUUUGCCUGCUGACUGGAACAAAUGAAAAUGGAGCUGCAAUCAGACCAAUAUACGAUACAAAUACACUGAAAUCUUUUCUUUCACUGUAGUAACAACCAACAGAAUGUCAGCUGUCCUAUCAAGCAUCCUAAAGAGUGCAGAACUGUACAAGUGGAGAGGUUGCCCAUAGCAACCAACGUCUUCAUUCUUCAGAAGUCUUAAUAUAUAUUUCUCCCUUAGGGGUAUAUUCAAUUGAAGUCGGAUCCUCUCCGACGGAGAGGAUCCGACACGUCAGUAUUCAAUAGCGUCCGUUUCCAGCCAGCAUUCCGACAAUGUAGAU